AACAGAAGAAGUAUAGAUCUUUUAGAAAGCCCCAAUUAAUUUCCCUCCACACAAUACACCAUUUGCCUUAUCUCCAAAAGAUCCCUCCAAACUCAAACCACAAUGCCCAGAAAAUUCCUUUACUAUUUCCCCUGUGAAGAAUGCUCUGUUUGAGCUGAAAUAAUUUUUGAAAAGUGGUAAAAAAAAAUGGCUUCCAAACUAGGGGUUGCUGCUUUAACUUCCCCAAGGAUUUUUUCAGCUCCAAGAAGAAAACCCUUAGUUACAGUCUCCACUGCAUCUCCAUUAUCAUUCUCUUUGAAGGAUGCUUCUUCUCAGUUCAUGGCUGUUCGCCGUCUCGCAGUUCGCCGUAGAUUCUUACUUCUUGCCCCCAACGCUGCUACUGAUAAGCAAGGUCAGACGGGAGGUGAAGACGAAACUAUAGACAGUAAUAUGUUACAAUAUUGCAGUAUUGACAAGAAGGCAAAGAAAUCAAUAGGGGAUCUUGAACAGGAUUUCUUACAAGCACUACAAUCAUUCUACUAUGAGGGGAAAGCUGUCAUGUCAAACGAGGAAUUCGACAAUCUCAAGGAAGAGUUAAUGUGGGAAGGAAGCAGCAUAGUAAUGCUAAGUCCUGAUGAGCAGAGGUUUCUAGAAGCUUCCAUGGCUUAUGUAGCUGGAAAACCAAUUUUGUCAGAUAAGGAGUUUGAUGAACUAAAGAUGAAUCUUAAGACGGGAGGUAGUAUGAUUGUCGUGGAGGGUCCUCGUUGCAGUCUUAGGAGUAGAAAGGUUUACAGCGACCUCAGUGUUGACUACUUCAAAAUGUUCUUGUUGAAUGUUCCAGCUGCUGUCGUUGCCCUUGGACUGUUUUUCUUCUUGGAUGAUCUGACCGGAUUUGAGAUCACUGUACUGUUGGAGCUUCCAGAGCCUUUCAGUUUCAUUUUCACAUGGUUUGCUGCACUUCCAGCAAUACUAUGGUUAUCUCAGGCCAUCACAAAGCUUAUUGUCAGAGAUUUUCUCAUUUUGAAGGGCACUUGUCCUAACUGUGGUACAGAGAACCUCUCCUUCUUUGGAACUAUUCUUUCAGUAUCCAGUGGCGGCGCCACCAACAGUGUGAAAUGCUCAGACUGUGGCACGAAAUUAGAAUUUGAUUCGAGUAAGCGUAUGUUGACAAUACCAGAAGGAAGCCAAGCUUAAGGUCAAGAUUUUGUGCAAGGGUAUAUUCAGCUGAUUGCGCGCAAGUGUGGAAUUUAAUUGGGAUGCUGUAUUAAUUCCUUUGUAGAUUGAAAGGGUUGAGAUCAGCGGGUUCUUGUCGCAAAUCUGCAGGGUGUAACAGUUCGCUAAUAAAUUUCUGCAACCUAUGUAUAUUCCGAUAAACUUCCUGCAUACUAGAGGCAGAGUAAAAGUGAAUAUUCUCCUUAUGUAAUUCUUAUACAAGCUCUUGAACCAUUGGAUAUGGAGUGAAACACAAACCUCAAUCUCUAUGAGACUCUAUGUAAAUUUUUACCAGUAUUGUACAUGAACUCUAUGGCACUCA